AUGGCCAACGAAGCCCCCGAGCAGAUGCUCGAUGUCUUCCGGACCGCUGCCCUGUCCGUCACAAAGCUGUACAAGUCAUCCAUAACAGCUCAAGCAAAGGCCCGCUCAGAUGGGUACCAGGAGUGUCUCGACGAUCUGCUGCAGUUCUUGGACAAAGAACACCUCGGUCUCGGCGACGGCGAGGGUUGGAAGAUCAGGGCCUGGGCGAAUGAGCGGUUAGACACAACAGACACCUCGCCACAGGUCAUCGAGAGCGACGAUGACGCAGAAAAGCCGGAGCCCAUGUCAUCUCCCGAGAUACAGCGUUCCCACAGCACAUCAACAGCACACCAACCAACCCCGACCACACGCGUCGAGACACAACCACAGACGGAGCCCGACACGCCUGUCGUUCAGGAGAUUACGGUCGACGAGCCCGAGAUUGUCGUCCCUACGCAGGAGACAUUCGACUUCCGCUCACCUCACCCUUAUCCCCAGGACGCCCCAUCGCCCCUGAACCUGGCGAACCUACGCCUUUCUGAUGCCCGAGGGCACGACCACUCGAUAUCGUCGUCAAACUCGGCCCCUCCAUCCAUCUCCGUCUCACGUCACCCUACCCGAGCAACACGGCAUGGCGGCAGCGGAGGACGCAGCGGACCUCGAGCAGUGAACCGGCUUGGGCACGGUGCCGGCGCGAAGCGGAAAGUCAACCUCGGCGAGUUCUUCGACCUGGGCAACCUCGGCCAAUCAAAGGAUAGCUUUGGAGGAUCUGGUACGAAGAGGAGCAGGCACCUCUGA